GAACAUUACCCCGGAGCACCUUACCGCCUUGCAUGGGCCGCACACACCAACAUGGCCUGAGCAGGGGAACCCCUGGAGACGGGCUUUAUUUUGCAGCCAUUUUCCCACCUGCUUGCUGCUGCAGGAAGAGGAGGAUCACAACACUAGUUCUGGCCUGGGGGGUUUAUGGUGAUCAGACACCCAGCCCCACACUGAAACUGCAAGGAACACAAACUCAGUAAUUAGUUAUUUGAUUUCUACAAAACUUGGAACUACAAAAAAAAACAACAACAACAAAAUAAGUGUUUUUAGGAUAUGUAUAAUUAGCACUAAAAGGCUCUGUCCUAUUAAUUUGCAAAAACAAGGAAUUAGAGGAUUAUUAUUUCCAGGGAUAUCUCUAAUUAGCCUCAGAAGGAUUUGAUGUGAUGAAUUUGCAGAUCUGAAGCAUAAGAGCUUAUUCAUUUCCAGACGAUCAGCACAAUUAUCCCCACAAGGAUCUGCACCUAUCAGUUUGUGUAUUUAUGGAAUUGUGAGCCCACCACUGAGGUUUGCCACCCUGAGGCCUUCAUGCUGGAUGUAUGUGGUCAUCUGAUCCUCACCACCAUUAAAAAUGGGGGAUUUUUAUGACCCAGAACACCCAACCGAAUCAGGGAAAGAUGAGGAGACUGCACUGGAGGAAAUCGCGAGGUGUCAGGGGACCAGCUCAUUAACUGAGCCCCCUCUAACGGAAGAAGAGGAUGAGGCCAAGAAUGAAGACAUACAGAAAACAGUCUUCAAUAAACCUGCUACUUUCAAGGCUCUUUCCUCAAGCCGGUUUUUACCAAAGGGAACCAAGUCGAAGGUGAACUUAGAACAGCAAGGACGACAGAAGGUUUCAUUCAGUUUCAGCUUCACAAAGAAAACCUUGCAAAAUCGGUUACUACCCCCUCUGGGUAAUGAAAAACAAAAUGAUGCCCCAAGCCCCUUACCCAUGCUUAACGCAGCAGAACAUAUUACAAAACUUAAAAUGGAGUUCACAGAGUCCACUGGUUCAAGUGAAGAGUUUUCUCCACCUAAACCUAAGGUGGAACGUGGAAAAAUACAUUUCAAGAAACACCUUAUAAGUGUUACAAACAAACUUCCAGUUUCACCCCCACCUUUAUUACAACCUUCUAUUGUUCUUCCAUCUCCAGUAUUCACCUCCUCUUUGACAUCAACAGAAGAAACAUUAAACACUUCUACGGAGUCCGAAACAUCAUCAUCAUCUCUUAAAUUAACUGUAGCAUCCACAGCUGAAAACGCUCCUUCUUUUGUAACGUUUCAGAAUCCAUUGAAUGAUGAUUUGUCCUCUACAUCAGCAAAUGCAAGUGAAAACUUAUUGUCACCAGAACCAAUUGUUUUUGACGGCAAACAGGACAUUGUUUCAACUGUAGAAACACAGUGUGUUCAGAGGACCUCUGAGAAGGACGUUUUACUGACUCCAAAAGAAAAUUCACAUUAUGGGAAGGAAGAAAAGAGCUUAAAUUGUUCCCAAACCGUUAAGUCAAACCCUAGUCCAGAAAAGGCAAGUGCUAAAUCUAAGUUCUCACACUCGGAUGGAAACGUUCUUGGUUCAGAAUCAGAUGGAGAUUCGGUCCAAACAUCUUCAAGUCAUAGAUCACAGGAUUUAAAACAUGCUGCGAGUAAAGAGAGAGACUCAAAAAGAAGCUCAGGGUCAUUAAGAAAUGAUGAUACUGGAAAAUAUUCUUCCUCAAGAUCAAAAUCUGGGAAAGAUGAAAAACAUUUUAGCUACUCCAAAUCAGACCGAGAGUCAAAGUAUUCUUACUCACAUUCUAGGUCAGAACGUGACAGGAGGAGGAGUAGGUCCCGCUCAGGAUCACGGUCUAAAUCGGACAGAGUUUCAAAAGGAAGUUCCUCUUAUUCUAGAUCAGAUCGAUCACAUUAUUAUGAGUCUGAGCGAAGAUACCAUCGAAGCUCACCUUACAGAACACGCUAUUCUCGUUCUUAUACAGAUAGUAAAGCAAGAGACAGUUCUGAUUCAGAUGAUGACUACAGAAGGAGCUAUUCUAAAUCAAGUGAAUCCAGGCGCCCAUCAUCUUCAUCUCAUUCCUCAUCCUACAGAGAUUCUAGAAAUUCUUACCAUUCGAAAUAUGAAAGAACAUCUAAGAGAGAGUCUUCUUAUGACAAUGUGGAUCGGAAAGAAAGAACCUCAAGCCGUUCUGAAAAAGAUAAUAAGAAGGCUUCAGAACCAACUCGAAAAGGUUCUCCUCAAAAAGAAACAGAGAGUAGAGGAGGAUCAUCAAACUCAAAAGCGGACUACAGUGUGAGUUCCAGUUCAAGAUCAAAUUCAUCCAAAACGGUAGAUGUCAAGCAAGACUAUUUUAAUUCUGGGUCCAAAAGCUCAAAAUGGGAUGUAGAAAAGAAGCUUUCACCAAUCUAUUCAGGUAAAGAGGAGCACAAAACUUUUAAAAAAGAGGAACUUUUCUCUGUAACUUUUCCUGUCCACACAAAGACUGUUUUGCCAGAGCAGCAACAAACACCCCACCUUUAUUCUAACAAGAAGAACAUCAAGGUAUCUUUAAUACAUUCACCAAGUUUUGAUGAUGAAUUUAACAAAUAUAGUAAGAAAAUACAAGGCAUGAUAACAUCAAAGCGUGCUGAAAGUCAAAGCCCUGUUCAAGAAAAUUUUACUAUGUCUCCCAAAGAAUCAUGGGAGUUUGUAACACUCAGUAGCACUGAUGAUGUAAUGGAGGAGGAAGAUGUUUUGGCAGCUUCUGAUAACUGUGUAAGUACAAUGAGUGUACCUGUAGUUGAAGAUUCUAAAGAAAUAAGCCUUGUAGCUUCUUCAGAAGUUGAAAACACAUGUGAACCUGAAACUAUAUUAAAUCAUACAGAAAUAACUGAUUCAGGCUCAGGAGCUUUAGAUGAUGAAACAAAUGAAUCCCAAUUAUCUUUAGGACCAGGUGAAAUCAAAAGUGCAUGCAUAAAUCUGGAUAAUUCAAAACUAUUGACUGUAACUGAUACUGAAAACCAAGAAUUAGUUUUAAAUGGUUCCAAAGACUCAAGCCUUCCAUGUAAUAGCAACAAUACAUCUUUUUCUGAUUAUGAUACAACCCCUGCAGAUGAAUCUAAACAGUCUGAACCUGUACAAAAUGAUGAGAACAAUAUGUCCUUUACAGAGUAUUGUGCUGACCAACAAAUUACUGUAACAGAGAGCCUUAUUUCAGAGAGACCAAAUGUGCUUGAGAACACUCAUAAUGACCUUAUGCAAAAUGAAGACAUUAUUGAAACAAAUGAUCCGCCCAUUAGUAUAAACAGUGUUCAAAGUCAGGAUUGUCAUCUACUAGUGGAUGGACAUGUUUUGAAAAAUGAAACGGAUAAUGACUCUCCAACACUGGCAUCUGCAGAGAUCAAUCAAGUCAAUGAGUUGAUGCAAACAAGCUUGGUACAUGAACAUUUAGAGGUCUCAUCAGUUUCUACUGUCUCAAGCCAAGAGGAAUCUUCUGUAGUAAACCAACAAAGUGCAGAGCAGGAAAGUGUUGUAGAAGAAGUAAACAUGUCAAAUGAUUUGACUUGGCAAACAGAAGUCCAUAUAACAAGUGAUAAAGAAAACAUGUCUGAGGAAAAUGUACCUUCUGACACACAGGAAAGUAGCAUAGCCUUAGACAAGCUUGUAGUUGAAAUCCCUCCAAAAAAAUGUGAUAACAGCAAAAAAGCAUCUGUGUUUAUUAGUGCUGUAAGGGACUAUUAUUCUGACACUGAAGAAAGCAAUAGUGAUGAAAGUGACACAGAAGAUUGUGAUUCAGAUGAUAGCAGCAUGCCCAGAUGCCGCUUGCAUUCUGUUGUAGUAGUCCCCAAAAAUUCCACUAUAGUAAAGGAGGAAACUUGCCCUUCAUCAUCUCCAUGUCACCAGGGACUUCCCAUGUUGUCUGAUAAUGAGGACGUUGAGAAGCCAGAGCAAAUGUCAUCUGUUGAGCAUUUGGAAUGUGUGGAAAAAGAAGAUAAAGAAAGCAGCAACUUACCUAGCAAAUUGGAUGAAGGACCUGAAGUUAUUGCAACCGAGCAAAGUGGGACCCUUACUAAAACACUUGAACCAAAUACUGAACAACAUCAACCCGAUGGAGUUGUUAGUACAAGUCAGCCUGAGGGCUUUGUCCAUGCAAAUGGAGAUAACUCUGUUGAAAAUAAUGCAGAGAAAGAGCCCAUUGACUUAAAUAAAGAAAGUAGUCACCAGCAUGCCGAGAUGGAGCCACCACCCCACCCUUCUAAUUUUGAAAGUUCCUACCAGCAGCCAUUACCAAGUUCUGCCGGAAGGCCAGAUAGUAGGCAGGAGAUCCCAGCCGUUGCGCAAACUUGUGCACCAAAGGAUUUUUCUAAAAUAGAUGGCUUUCAGACAACAGACUUAUCUAGCCUUGGUUGGGACUUCAGCCAACCAGAAAAACCCAGCAGUACUUACCAGCAACCCGACAGUAGUUACGUGUAUUCUGAUUACCUUUACCAGCAGGACUCUGAAGAGUAUGAUUCUUCAAAGACUUAUAGAGAAGGCAACGGUUAUUGGCAUUCAGGAUUUCACAACAAAGGUUCUAAAGGCCAUUAUGAGAGAUCUUGUGAUCCAAUACCUGAUUCUGUUACAAAUUGUUAUGAGGAAGACGAAGAUUACACUUGGAGAACAGAACAUGGGGAAAACCUUUCAUUCCAGCCAAACGUGAUAUAUACUGAAAGACUUGGGGCAACUGGCUCAGUGCAGGCUCAUGAAAUCAGUAGCAACUCCACAAAGGAACCUGUCCAACCUAUUAAGAAAAGGGAAGCUCCAGUAAAGAUCUCUAACUUAAAAGAUCGGGGGCCUCCAAAGAAAAGGAGACAGGAAGUGGAGAGUGAGUCUGAAAGCGAUUUAGACCUGCGUGACAAAAAUGUCAAGGUUGAAGCAAAUCUGAUGGACUCUUUGCUUUUGAGAGAUGAACCUAAAGGCAUUCUGUGCUGUAUGGAUGACUUCAGGGACACUCAGCAUUGGAAGGACUUUUCCAGACAGCGCAAAAUGCCUCCUUUCUUUGAUCUCAUUGAAGAGAAUGUUUACUUAACAGAAAGAAAGAAAAACAAGUGCCACCGGGACAUUAAGAGGAUGCAGUGUGAAUGUCCACCACUCUCCAAAGAGGAGCGCGCUCAGGGCAAAGUGUCGUGUGGAGAAGAUUGUCUGAAUCGGCUACUCAUGAUAGAAUGCUCCUCGAGGUGCCCAAAUGGAGACUACUGUUCCAACCGGCGUUUCCAGCGUAAACAGCAUGCAGACGUUGAAGUGCUCUUGACAGACAAGAAAGGCUGGGGAUUACGAGCUGGCAAAGAGCUUAGCCCGAACGCGUUUGUGCUGGAGUAUUGUGGGGAGGUCUUGGACCAUAAAGAGUUUAAAGCUCGUGUCAAAGAGUAUGCUCGCUGCAAAAACAUCCACUAUUAUUUCAUGGCGCUAAAGAAUGAUGAGAUCAUUGAUGCCACCCAGAAAGGCAACUGCUCCCGUUUCAUGAACCAUAGCUGUGAGCCCAACUGUGAGACACAGAAGUGGACCGUGAAUGGACAACUUCGCGUUGGCUUCUUUACUACUCGGGUGGUUCCUGCUGGUUCAGAGUUGACAUUUGAUUAUCAGUUUCAGAGAUACGGUAAAGAAGCUCAGAAAUGCUUUUGUGGUUCUGCAAAUUGCCGGGGUUACAUUGGUGGUGAAAACCGUGUCAGUAUUCGAGCAGCCGGAGGAAAGAUGAAAAAGGAGAGAUCCCGUAAAAAGGAUUCAGUUGAUGGGGAGCUGGAGGCCCUACUGGAGAAUGGAGAAGGCCUCUCUGACAAAAACCAGGUCCUCAGUUUAUCCCGGCUCAUGGUCAGGAUCGAAACUCUAGAACAGAAACUCACCUGCCUCAAACUGAUAAAGAAUACACAGUCUCAGUCUUGCCUGAAAUUUUUUCUUGAGUGCCACGGUCUCUCCCUACUUUGGAUCUGGAUGGCGGAACUUGGUGACAGCCGAGGAAAUACCAAUAAUAGCAUCAAGCUACAACUCGAGAUCAUUAAAACAUUGGAGCUCCUGCCUAUUCCAAAUAAAAAUAUGCUGGAGGAGAGCAAAAUUCUCCCGAUCAUUCAACGCUGGUCCCAGACAAAGACUACUAUCCCCCAGCUGAGUGAAGGUGAUGGAUACUCCAGUGAGAACACCUCCCGAGCCCACACGCCGCUCAAUACCCCAGCAAACACUCCUGACCCUGCUGUCAAAAUCAAUAUUGAGCACGACGGUGAAACUCCAAAAAAGUUGAUUUUACGGAGACUUAAAAUCAUUAGCGAGAACAGUAUGGACAGUGCAGUAUCUGAUGCAGCCAGUGAAGUGGAGGUCAAGGAAGUAUCUGAAAGAUCAGAAACACUGGCCACCAGCGAGCCUAAAGAUGUGCAGCUCUCAAAGGAUGAGGAUGCUAAUGGGGAGGUGAAGUCCGAGCUGCAGGAACAAACGCUUGAAGGGGAACAGCCACAUGAACCUCGGCUUUCCACCAUCAAGACUGAGUCUGACCUUUCAUCAGAUUUGGGCAAAGCAGCUGGAGCGGAAAGCAACGGCCUGAAAGGGGAAGAGAACUCUGCAGUGGAAACGCCGUCUCAGGAUGAGGAGGAAGGCGUCUCUGAUGUAGAGAGCGAGAGAAGCCAAGAACAGGUGGACAAAACGGUAGACAUGAGUGACCUGGCAGUCAAACUGUUAGAGGGCUGGAAAGAUUUAAAGGAGGUGUAUCGUAUUCCCAAGAAGAGUCAAGCGGAGAAGGAAAUGCAUGACCGCUGGAGAGAAUCUUCUGGACCGGUUUACCAGACACCUCAUGUGAAGGGACAGGGGCGAGAACGAGACUCUGAAAGGCAGAGCCAGAGGAAGCGCAGGCAGUCGCCAUCACCGCCACCGCCGUUUUAUGAACGCAACCCAAAGAGAGGCGAUGACAGCAGAUACGAUACCCCAGUUUCCUCCAAGAAGAAGGGCCGGAACCAGGAAAGGAAAAAGCUGUCCACAGAGGAACGCAGGAAGCUGUUUGAGCAAGAGGUGGCUCAACGGGAAGCCCAAAAGCAACAGCAGCAAAUGCAGAACCUCGGCAUCGCAUCCCCUAUCCCUUAUGAGUCCAUUCCAUAUAAUGCCCAGCUGCCUCCACCUUUCAUUACCUACCCUCAAGGUUAUCCCCACCAGCCCUACUUGAAUUCCAUAAACCCGAAUGCGGGGAAGGUGCUAUUACCCACUCCUCCAGUAGACAUGUCGCCUAACAGUUAUGACCCCUCCCAGGCUAUGGCUGUAAAUCCAGCCAUGGUGACCCCACAACAAGUUCCUAUGGUGCAACAUGUAGCAGCCCCUAUGGACAUUUCAACGCAGCAGUAUGUAGCCCAGAGCGAAGCCCUUGUCCCUCAGGAGCCUAAUAUGGCUGUUAUUCCAGGGCCACCACCUAACACUGUACCUGCCCAGAGUUAUGGAGUCUGGGACCCCAACCAUCAAGCAGUGGCAGUGCAGCAGCAAUCCCAGCCUCAGUACUCGCCUGCUCCCUCACAGUCCACCAUCUACUACCAAGGACAACCAUGCCAAACCGUGUAUGGUGUCACCACCCCUUACCCGCAGACUGCACCGCCCAUUGUACAGAGCUACCCACAACCCGGCUUGCAGUAUAUCCCUAACCAGCAGAUCUACGCACCUCACCCCCAGGGGCUGGUAAUGCAGCAGGCACCCAUAGUGACCACGAUCGUAGAUCCAGGUCAGCCUCAAGCACUGCAGCAGCCUGAAAUGGUAUUACCAGCAAACAAUAUCCUCGAUCUCCCUCCUCCAUCACCUCCCAAGCCCAAAACUAUUGUCCUUCCUCCUGAAUGGAAAACGGCACGGGAUCCUGAAGGCAAAAUCUACUAUUACCAUGUAAUAACCAGGCAAACCCAGUGGGAUCCCCCAUCAUGGGACAGUGCAGGAGAGGAUGGGAUUAGCAUUGAUAAUGAGGCAGAAAUGGACUUGGGAACACCUACAUAUGAUGAGAACCCAAUGAAGUCUUCCAAAAAAGCCAAAACCGCCGAAGCAGACACGUCAAGUGAGCUAGCGAAAAAGAGCAAGGAGGUUUUCCGGAAGGAGAUGUCUCAGUUCAUCGUGCAGUGUCUGAACCCAUACAGAAAACCAGACUGCAAGAUGGGACGAAUAAAUACAACUGAAGACUUCAAACAUCUUGCACGAAAGCUCACUCACGGUGUAAUGAACAAGGAGCUGAAAUACUGCAAAAACCCUGAAGACUUGGACUGUAACGAAAACGUAAAACACAAAACGAAGGAAUACAUUAAGAAAUACAUGCAGAAAUUUGGAUCAAUUUACAAACCUAAAGAGGAUAUAGACUUUGAUUAGCCUCCUCUACUCAUAAAUUAAAUGGAUUUAUUUUUUAUUUUCCCCAUAGGAAUUAACACCUAAGCUGCCAGGAGGCAGUCACCAGCUACUAUCGCAAUGUAUGGGGUUUCAGUGUACAGUAAAAAAAACACCAUAGUAUUUAAUAGGAUAUUUCAUAUGACACUUUAUAUCAAUAGUGUAUGAAUAAUUCUAACACAAUAAAUGUGUGAAUCCAUUUGAAAACAAACUGUUAUUGCUAUUGAUAAGGGUUUGGAAGGGGACUUUGAGAGAGAGUAAGGCAAAUUCUAUUUUCGCUCCAUCUCUUCGUCCCAUUCCCGUCUCUCACCCUGUUCCUUAACUGUACAGCGCAAUAAAUUGUGGGCAUCUUUAUUAUUUUAUUUUAAUUUUUUUUAUUAUUAUUUUUCCUUUCCGGAGGAUCUGUAUGAUAUUUUAACAUAUUAUGUGAAUAUAUUGAUAUAUAUUUUGUUUUCCUCUUCCACCAAACACACAUUACAUUAACUCUUCCUUCUAAGAAGUGUUGUCUGCCAGGUUUAAUCAUGUAAAUAUUCUAUUAUCUACAGCCAAUUUUGUGUUUAUUUUAUGUUCACUGUAUCUUUAAGUUUUGCUAUUUCUGGCAGCUUUUGUGCAUUGUUGAUGAGAUUUGAUUUUACGACCUAUAUCAUUUUACGUAAGAAAAAAAAAAUUUUACUGAAUUUUUUUAUGUAUAAAAGAAAAAAAGAGAAUAAAAUACAUUUGCCUAUGAUGGUAUGUAAGAAUCGCUACAA